CUGCAAAGGAGGGCCGGGCGAAGCGGCACGCGCGCGGGAGCGCGUCGGCGGCGGGGUGUGAGGGCGAGCGCCGCCCGUACCACGUGCUGCUCACCGCGCAGGACUCGCUCUACCAGGCGUGGCAGACGCGGAUCAUGUACUACCACUACCAGCGCCAGAGAGCGGCCGACCCGUGCGGCGAGGUGGGAGGCUUCACGCGGAUGCUGAACUCGGCGACGGGGCGGCCGGACGCGCUUAUGGCUGAGAUCCCCACCGUCCUCGUCGACCAGCUGACCCCCGGCAGCGGCUGCCGCGAGGGAGGCGACACGUGCGACUUUGGCUUCCCUGUGAUGAACCGGCCGCACGGCGUCGCGCAGCUGCUCGCCAAGAUGGGGCGCGGCGAAGUGCCGCAGAUCGUCGAGGACUACGUCCUCAUCACGGAGACGGACCACGUCUUCCUGCGCCCGCUGCCCAACCGCGCCACGCCCGAUCGGCCGGUCUGCUACCCCUUCGGGUACAUGAAGGCCGAGGCGCCCGAGCUGCGCCCCAUCGUCUCGCGCUACGGCUUCGACCCGUCGGUCGUCGACCCUUGCGGGCCCUCGCCGGUGCUGAUCCACCUGCCGCUGCUGCGGCGCCUCACGCCGGGCUGGCUCCGCCUCUCCUUUGCACUCAAGCGAGACGACGAGGCCAGCCGCGUGUUCGGGUGGGUGCUCGAGAUGUGGGGCUACACCCUUGCCGCUGCCCAACUCGGCGUGCGCCACGAGGUGGUGGAGCAGCUGCAGCAGGAGCCGUCGUCGCUCUGGCACACGGAGCUCGACGGCGAGCCGUACAUCUACCACUACACCUUCGGGCUCGAGUUUACGACCGACGGCCUGCCGGUCACGGGGGUCGGGGAGUGGUCGCUCGACAAGAGGCACUUUAUGAACCGCUACCCGAGCAAGGCACUCGAGCCUCCGCCAAAGUGCGCCGGCCUCGCCGCGCGCACGCUGCACGCGAAGUUCGCCGAGGCGGCGCAGGCGCUGCCGGACUGGCCUGAGGGCGGCAAGGGUGCCACGGGCUGGGCGAGCGGGGGAAAGGUGCGGCGCGGCGCGUGGAGCUGGGCGGGCAGCAAGAAGCCGCUGCUCUUCUACAAGGUGGGCGGCGGCAAGAUCGACGCCGAGCCAAAGGAGUGCCCCGAGCUGGCCGCCCCACACGCGUGA